CCGUUGUAGCUAGGUAGGUAGGCAAUUAAUUCACUUCAUUCAAUUCUUCUUCUCAAUACCUACCUACACAUACUUUAUCAAUUCUUUCAUUUCUUUCAAUUCCCGCUCACUCCGUAUCAAUAUCUACAACAGUGAUCAAACUUCCAUCUGUUCAGCUUAUUAACAAUCAUUCUUCGUCUUUGCGAAGAUCUAUCGUCAUCUCCACUUUACAUUCUACCUAUAGUCUACCUACCUACAGUCUACUCCGAUAUACCAUGCGCCUAUCUACCUUCUGAAUUACCCAUCCAGCUGAGUUGGAACACCACCACAACCGAUCACCCACUUCCAAGGUAGUCAAAACAACGCCACAAAGGGACAUCGUGCUUUCGUGCUUUCGUGGUUCUGUGAUUUGCGAAACCAGAAAAAAAAAAAAAGAGGUGUGGUAACACGAAGCGGGAAGCCUUGAUCAUAGUCAAGAGCGGGGCUGAUAUCUUUCAGUCCUAUCUUCACACCUUUUACUUAAGGUCAUCUCACUGUCUAGUAUACACUUACAUUUGUGGCUAUUCUAAAAAAAACUUGGGAAUAAUGGCUGCACAGUCAGGAAAUCCUCGAACGAAUCGAGGAGAGACUUCUCUUGACGCGGCAAUGCGAGCGCCUUCUACUACCACUCCAGAUGUCGUCGUUCUCAGCUUUGUGGACGAGGAUAAAAAGGUCAAAGAAGUGGCAGAUCCUAAAAAGGACCUUUGGGUAUCUAGUGUCGAUGGUCGCUAUUCAUCACCGAUGAUACCGAUCCGUGUCGGACCUCAUGCCCAAACCUUUUAUGUUCACCGCGAUAUACUCACCAAAUCGGAAUACUUCAGAAAGGCGUUGGAUGGAGGGUUCAAAGAAGCCCAAGAUCAAGCUCUCGAUUUACCCGAGGAAAAUCCUACGCUGUUCGAGUUUGUCAUCGCGUUCCUCUAUGAGUCAAAGUACUCUCCUUUGCGUCCUGUCGCAGAAAUCCUCGUCGUCGAACCCGAAAAGGGUAAAGGAAAAGAGCAGAACGAAGAUGGAAAUGCUUCGGGUAGUGAUGAUGGAUCAGAUAGUGGAACCGCAAGCGAUGAAAGUGCCAGAAGUCGGAGAAGACGCGAAACUCGUCGCAGACGUCAAGAGCGAGCCUGGGAACAAAGACAACGAAAGGAAUCUGGACGUCAUCGGCCGGAUUGCAAUUGUGCUCAAUGUACUGUGGAAACCUUUGGUCCAACCUGCUGGAACUGUGGCGUAACGAGAAGAAUACCUCCACCCAGAAAUCGUUGGAUGAAUGGUCUCCCACCACCACCUCAGCCAAUGCCGGUCAUAGCUCGUAAUGGUUAUCCUCAAGCCCCUGGCCCGAGAGAUCGUAGAAGAGGCUCUCGAAACAAUGCGGUGGAUGAGCCCCCUGUAGAGGAGAGAAUGUCUCAAGAAGAUUUGAGAACCUGGUCAAUUGCGUAUUCUAUAAGCGUCGAUGUUUACGUUUGCGCCGAGAGAUAUCUCAUGCAGGACUUCAAAAGCUGUAUAUCCGCAUUCAUCGUCAAUAAUUUCGAAGUUGCUGGAUCAGAUGCUGCACUACCUUCAGUCUUGAAAUCAUGUAAGACUUUAUAUGAUGGCGUAAGCUCAAUGGAUCCUCUGCUCAAAAAAGUCUUUGCUAGAGUUGGUUUCUUGCAAGCUAGAUUGUGGAAGAAGUAUCCGGAGGAAACCUCAAGCUUCUUCAUGGACAAUCCGGAACUAUCGACGCUGAUUCUUAAGGAAAUGGCCGAGAGGAGAGAGGAGGAUGUCAAAGAUGAUUUGCCUGCUAUGGAUCGUCCUCCAUUGCCACCUUUGCCAAGAGAAGACAUAAUGCAAGGUCCGAGACGUCGAAAUUAUGGUCCAAUGCCUUAUCACUAACUUUGACAAGACUUUAGACCGCAACAGGCACCACAACGAUGGUACCAUAUGACCUGAUAUACUCUCAUGCAUAUACAUCAAAACAUGCAUUAUUUUUCCUUUUAUUUAUGGGAUCAAGGAUCACGAUGGAGCAAGGGCUCACAUUUCCAUUUUUUUUUAGCGUUCUUUUCUUCUCAUCUGGGAUACUUGAAAAUGGAGCUUUGGGAUACCUUGCAUAGUGAUGCGCACCUUCUCCUUAUACCCUCAGCGUUAUGAAAGCAAAGACUAUUGGGGAGGAUUGGAGUUUAACGGCAGGUCUUGGUCUUGAUCACGUUUACCAGCAUUAACUUUAUUUAGCACGGAAAAAUACAUAUUUCGGUGUAGCAAAGCCCGAUAUUUUAAUCC